AAAAAUUCAACUGGUUGCGUGUCAGCAGCGUUUUGUGAGGUUCUACUAGCCGUUGAUUUAUUAUGUCCCAUAAGCGACCGGAGCACUCUCUUCCUCCUGAAUUGGUAAGUCACUAUAAGACUCUCCGUUUUUUCUAGUAUUAUAAUAGUGAUGAAGCCCGAAAAUACAGUUCUAAUUCUCAUAUAAUUGAUAUCCAAACACGCAUAACAGAAAGAGCUUUGGAAUUGCUUGCUCUACCCGAAGAUGAGACGUGUAUGAUUCUGGACAUUGGAUGUGGCUCUGGUUUGAGUGGAGAGGUUAUAACUGAAAGUGGUCACAACUGGGUUGGCGUUGAUAUAAGCAAAGACAUGCUAGACGUGGCAUUAGACAGAGAAGUGGAGGGUAGUUUGUUACUUGGUGAUCUUGGUUGUGGAUUACCGUUCCGCGGUGGGUCAUUUGAUGGAGCUAUAAGUGUUUCGGCUAUACAGUGGUUGUGCAACGCUGAUAAGUCGUCACAAAAUCCUGUUGUACGCCUCAGACGGUUUUUCUCCUCGUUAUACAGUUGUCUGACUCGCAGUGCAAGAGCUGUGUUACAGUUCUAUCCAGAAUCUGUUGUUCAAGCAGAUUUGCUGCAGAAUGAAGCUAUGCGAGCUGGAUUUUCCGGUGGUCUCAUCAUUGACUUUCCGAACAGUACACGAGCAAAAAAAUACUUUUUAGUAUUAGAUGUUUCCAGUUCUCGACGUAUCCCUCAACCGUUGAAUGACAAUGCUACAGUAAAUGUCUCACGUGAUAAACUAGAGAAUUUACGACAAUCUCGACAGAUGAAAAAACCACCAAAGCAUAGUGUUGCUUGGAUUAAACAAAAGAAACAACGUGCUAAAGAUCAAAUGAAAGAAGUGGCACAUGACUCUAAAUAUACUGGACGUAAACGUGGUCCGAAAUUUUGAUAAUACCCUGUCAAAACAUAUAUAUGUGCAUAUAUAUAAUGUAAAAAAUUAUGUUACGCUUAGAUAUAUAUAAUAUAUCUGGCUUCUGUGCAUGAAUUAACACUAUGAAGUGGGCGUUUUCUUGUAUGCCUUCUCAUAAAAAAUUCUUUUUAUUUUUCUCCUUCAGCUAUCUAUUUUUUCCUAACAUUUUUAGAGGCAAAAUGUAAAUAGUUUUGUACAUCUAAAAUAAAACAAACAAAACAUAUAAGGCUGUAUUUUUGGCGUUUUUUUUCCUCUCCUCACUUUCUAAAUGUAUUCAAUAAAU